AUGGCACACAACGCAGCACAGACAGCCCUCAGCGAAGGAACAGAAAUGGUUGCAGAAUACGCGAAGCCUUUUUUGAAUAGCUCAGCAAGAUUCGCGGCUCAGGCUGCUGGAUGGGCUGCUAACAACCCAGGCCUAGCAGCGACAGGCGCAGUCGUUGCUGUCCCAGCAUUGGUGGUUACCCCAGCUCUCUCGGUCGCGGGAUUCGGUGCUGUAGGCGUCAAGGUUGGCUCCCUCGCAGCUGGUGCACAUAGUGUUAUUGGAAACGUCGCUGCAGGUAGUGUGUUUGCUACUAUGCAGAGUGCUGGGGCUGGCGGCGCAGGGCUUGCUGCUGUAAAUGGGGCUGCGAAGGUCGGGGCUGCUGCAGCUUGGAUGGCGGGGAAUGCUACGGUUGCCUUGGUUAGGUCGCGGUUCUAG